GCGCGGGGCGGCGGAGCGGGUGCGUGCGGCGGCGGCGGUUGCGAGAGAGAUGAGCCGCGGCGAUGAGCCCGGAAAAGCAGCACCAGGAAGAGGAUGAAGUUGACUCCGUUCUCCUUUCAGCGUCCAAGAUCCUAAAUUCUUCGGAGGGGGUGAAGGAAAGUGGCUGCAGCGACACAGAAAUAUGAAGCAGCUGGAAAAUUUAAGUUGAAUAUGAGAUGAGUAAUAUUCUUACAUUCCCAAUAAACUCUCAUCUUGGUGGGUGGGACCAUGCCUUCCGCUUUAUGUGCCUCCCGAUAUUGUAUGUUUAGCAGGGACUUGGUAAAUGGUGGAGUGUGAUUGUGUUUUAUCUCCUGGGUUCUUUGAUAAUUUCCCUUCCAAUUCUAGAAUCACGUAAUUCUGUGUGACUAAGUAUUGCCUAGUUUUUAAAUUACCUUUCCUUUGGGAACAAGUAGCAGCCGAUGUCUCUGAAACUCAUAAGAAAAACAGAAAGUUAUGUUAAUAGCUUUUAAAAAUAGAUGAAUCCGACUCCCUGCCUACUCUCUGCCUGUGCAGAAUCAUCUGAACUUUGCUGGAGAAAAACACUCACUUUUGAGUCAUACCAUGAAUCUAAAAUGCACUCUCAAUGCUAUUGGGAAAACUUACUUUAUUUCCACAGAAAAUUCUUCUUCAAAUCCUCUGCAAAAAAGCUAUUUCAGUCCUCCUGUUCUUAAAUCUCGAACACGUUUCUCCCUGGCCGCUCCACUCAUAACAUGGUCCCACUCUAUAUGAAAAAAGUAGAAGCACUCAGACCCAAACUCCUUCAUUCUCACCCUUCACAUUUGUGAAACCCAUAUUCUAGGUCUUCUCCCAUUUCAACGGAAGAAUUGUCCUUGAUCAAUCAAAAGUGAUUUCCUCUGGAUCUCAUCUCCUGUGGAAUUCUCAAGUCCCAGCUUCUGCAAUUAGCCUCCCUCGUUGUCCGGAAUUAUUGCUUUUCUCCCUUUCUACUAUGUGAUUCCAGCAGCAAACAAGCAUGUUAGAAUGUCCUGUGGUUUAAAAAAAAAAAAUUCCUUCUCUUAGCCAGAUGUGGUGGCACACACCUGUGGUCCCAGCUACUCCGGAGGCUGACAUGGGAGGAUCACUUGAGCCUUGGAGGUGGAGGCUGCAGUGAGUCAAGAUCACUUCACUGCACUCCAGCCUGGGCAACAGAGUGAGACUCCAUCUCAAAAAAAGAAAAAAAAUCCCUCUUGACCUUCACAUCUCUUCCAGGAUGCACUGUCUUCCCUUCCACAGUGAAACUAGAAACAGUGACCUAUCCUCCAUGCCCACCAAUCUCCACAUUCCAUUCUCUCCUCAAGCACUUCGUUCGGGCUUCUAUACAUGUCCUUCUGCAUGGCCAGCAGUGACAUCUAUGUUUGUUUGUUUAUUUAUUUAUUUUAGAUGGAGUUUCGCUCUUGUCUCCCAGGCUGGAGUGCAGUGGCACAAUCUCGGCUCACUGCAACCUCCACCUCCCACGUUCAAACGAUUCUCCUGCCUCAGCCUCCCGAGUAGCUGGGAUUACAGGCCCCGCCACCACACCCAGCAAAUUUUUUGUAUUUUUAGUAGAGACAGGGUUUCACCAUGUUAGCCAGGAUGGUCUCGAUCUCCUGACCUCGUGAUCUGCCCGCCUAGGCCUCCCAAAGUGCUGGGAUUACAGGUGCGAGCCACCGCGCCAGGCCCAUCCAUGUUGAAUGAUGUAUUCAUUGCUGCUCCCAUGAAUCAUACACUGGUAGACCCACCUGACUAUUGGAUAUCUCUUCUUUGAUGUUUAACAACCUAGCCUUAACAUAUCUAAAAAUGUUUUUCUCCUAAAGUAUGUUCCUACUCUACUGUUUUCCCCCAGUAAAUGACAUCAUCCCUCAUCCAUCUGCUCUCACCAGAAAACAAGGAGCCAUCCUUCAUUCGUCUCUCCUGGCCCCAACGAAUCCUCCAGCAAUGCUGCUGGCUCCAUCUCCGAAGAAAAGCCAAUCCGCUCAGCUUGGCCUGGCGGCUCUGCAUAACCUAGCCCCGGUCUCCUGCUCCGACGUGUCCUCAUCUUCUGCUCCCGUGGGUCCAGUAAGCUGCUUAGUACCAGUGCAAUCACGCUGAGGCCAAGAAAGGAAGAAGAGAUGGAAGAUGAAAAAUAUAUGUCGACAACAUAUCUAUAAUCUAUCCAGGACGGUAUCAAGCAAGUGACAUUCUGCCUAUUAUCAAAAGAAGCUGGAGUACUUCUGUCUACUGUAUCUUAGUAUCAGAGUCGCCAAGCAAAACACAACAGUCAAGCACCGGAUGGAACAACCCUUUACUCACAGACUGAAGAGACGGAGCAAGAUCAGCCUCAGUAAAUAUGGCUGCAUAGCAGAAUCAGAAAAUCAAAUCCAACCACAAUCAGCAUUGAAAGUCCUUCAGCAGCAGUUGGAAUCAUUUCAGGCUUUGCGAAUGCAGACUUUGCAGAAUGUCAGCAUGGUACAGUCGGAAAUCAGUGAAAUAUUGAACAAAAGUAUUAUUGAAGUAGAAAACCCACAAUUUAGCUCAGAAAAAAAUCUGGUGUUUGGCACGCGCAUUGAAAAGGAUUUGCCUACAGAGAAUCAAGAAGAAAACCUUUCUAUGGAGAAAAGUCAUCAUUUUGAGGAUUCCAAGACACUUCAUUCAGUGGAAGAAAAAUUAAGUGGUGAUAGUGUGAACAGUCUCCCUCAAAGUGUAAAUGUUCCAUCCCAGAUACAUUCCGAGGACACAUUAACUCUGAGAACUUCAACAGACAAUUUAUCUUCAAACAUAAUUAUACACCCUUCAGAAAAUUCUGACAUCUUGAAGAAUUAUAAUAACUUUUAUCGUUUUCUACCUACUGCACCUCAAAAUCUGAUGUCUCAAGCUGAUACAGUAAUUCAGGAUAAAUCCAAAAUUACUGUGCCUUUUCUCAAGCAUGGAUUUUGUGAAAAUUUAGAUGACAUUUGCCAUUCUAUCAAACAAAUGAAAGAAGAGCUUCAAAAGUCACAUGAUGGGGAAGUGGCACUUACAAAUGAACUUCAGACUUUACAAACUGAUCCAAAUGUUCACAGGAAUGGUAAAUAUGACAUGUCCCCUAUUCACCAGGAUAAAAUGAACUUUAUUAAGGAAGAAAACAUGGACGGUAACUUAAAUGAAGAUAUAAAAUCAAAGAGAAUUUCAGAAUUAGAGGCAUUAGUGAAGAAAUUACUCCCCUUCAGGGAAACAGUGUCAAAAUUCCAUGUGCAUUUUUGUAGAAAAUGUAAAAAGUUAUCUAAGAGUGAAAUGCACAGGGGAAAGAAAAAUGAGAAAAACAAUAAAGAAAUUCCCAUCACUGGCAAAAAUAUUACAGAUUUAAAAUUCCAUUCCAGAGUUCCAAGAUACACACUGUCCUUCCUCGACCAAACAAAACAUGAAAUGAAAGACAAAGAAAGACAACAAUUUCUAGUAAAACAAGGAUCAAUAAUAUUUGAAAAUGAGAAAACUUCCAAAGUUAAUUCCGUUACUGAGCAGUGUGUUGCAAAAAUUCAGUACUUACAGAAUUACCUAAAAGAAUCUGUGCAGAUACAAAAAAAGGUAACGGAACUGGAGAGUGAAAAUCUAAACCUUAAGUCCAAAAUGAAACCUCUUAUCUUUACCACACAAUCUCUCAUACAGAAAGUUGAAACAUAUGAAAAGCAACUUAAGAAUCUGGUUGAAGAAAAGAGUACUAUUCAGUCUAAGUUAAGUAAAACAGAAGAAGACAGCAAAGAGUGUCUUAAAGAAUUUAAAAAAAUAAUUAGUAAAUAUAAUGUUCUGCAAGGCCAAAAUAAAACUCUAGAGGAAAAAAAUAUACAACUUUCUUUAGAGAAGCAACAAAUGAUGGAAGCAUUAGAUCAACUAAAAAGUAAGGAACACAAAACUCAAAGUGAUAUGGCCAUUGUCAAUAAUGAAAAUAAUCGAAUGAGUAUAGAAAUGGAAGCAAUGAAAACCAAUAUUCUGUUGAUACAAGAUGAAAAAGAAAUGUUAGAGAAAAAAACACACCAGCUUCUAAAAGAAAAAAGCUCACUUGGAAAUGAACUAAAAGAAAGCCAGCUAGAGAUAAUGCAGCUAAAAGAGAAAGAAAGAUUGGCAAAAACGGAACAAGAGACACUUCUUCAAAUAAUAGAAACAGUUAAAGAUGAAAAACUCAACCUUGAAACAACAUUACAAGAAUCUACUGCUGCCAGGCAAAUUAUGGAAAGAGAAAUUGAGAAUAUUCAAACCUACCAAUCUACUGCCGAAAAGAAUUUUCUGCAAGAAAUAAAAAAUGCAAAAUCAGAAGCAAGUAUUUAUAAGAAUAGCUUGUCAGAAAUUGGCAAGGAAUGUGAAAUGUUAUCAAAAAUGGUAAUGGAAACCAAAACAGAUAAUCAGAUUCUAAAAGAAGAACUAAAGAAACAUAGUCAAGAAAAUAUAAAAUUUGAAAACAGCAUCAGUAGACUUACUGAAGACAAAAUACUUUUAGAAAAUUACGUAAGAAGCGUAGAAAAUGAAAGGGAUACCUUGGAAUUUGAGAUGCGGAAUCUUCAACGAGAAUAUUUAAGUUUAAGUGAUAAAAUUUGUAAUCAGCAUAAUGACCCUUCAAAAACAACUUAUAUUUCAAGAAGAGAGAAAUUCCAUUUUGACAACUAUACUCACGAAGAUAAUUCUAGUCCUCGGAGUAGGCCUUUGGCUUCGGAUUUGAAAGGUGGAAACACUACACUGGACAAUACACAUGCCUGCCCUGGCUCCAGAGGAAACACAAUCUCUAGCUUCCAAGGUUGCAAGCACACCUGUUCUGUGCUCCAGAGACACUCUGUCUUCCAAGACUGCUAUUCAAAUAUUCCUUGUUGAAUUCUGUCCAAAGCUUUUUCUACAUUUAUUGGAGGUUAUUUCAAAGUUAAAGACAGAACUCUCAAGCAUCAUUAGGAUUCCUCACGAUUGCUAAGAAACUCCCUUCAAGAAAUAGCCAAUGUUAAUUGUACUGCUAACUGAACUAUGCAUAUCUAACUCGUCUCAAAUGACUCAUAAUGAGGCACUAUAGAUUUGUUUUAAAACUUAUGCACAGAAUGGUUUGGUGCAGAUAACUUAAGCUUUUUCAGCUGGGAAUUUCAGAAGAUGGGGGAGAACUUCUAGAAGGGAGGGCAGGUACCUGGUACCUGUACAUGGAAGGAGCUGAGAUGUCUAAAGUCACCCACAUUUGUCAUUUUAAAAAGUAUACAUAAAUAAAAGAUACUAUUUUGAAGAAGUAUAAAA